CGUUGGCUCCUGUGGUUUCCAAGAAUAGAAGGGAACCAAAAAUAAAGGUGAAGCCUACCCAAUCAGCGACCAAUAUUCUUUCCUUCUUUAGCCAUUUAUUUAUUGUUAAGUAAAUAAAUAAAUUUCUAGGGUUUGUUCUUCUUCUCGUUGUUAUUCUUUGUUCUUGCUAGGGUUUUGAGUGAAGUGAUCGAUGGCGAGAGAAAAGAUUCAGAUAAAAAAGAUCGAUAAUGCGACGGCGAGGCAAGUUACCUUCUCGAAGAGGAGGAGGGGGCUCUUCAAAAAGGCUGAGGAGCUCUCGAUACUGUGUGAUGCUGAGGUCGGGCUUAUCAUUUUCUCUUCCACUGGCAAGCUCUUUGAAUUCUCCAGCUCAAGUAUGAAGGAGAUCAUUGAGAAGCAUAGCAUGCACUCAAAGAAAAUGCUGAGACCAGACCAGCCAUCUCUUGACUUGAAUCUUGAGAAUAGCAACUACACAAAAUUGAGCAAAGAAGUGGCAGAGACAAGCCACCAACUGAGGAAGAUGAGAGGUGAUGACCUCCAAGGAUUAUCAAUAGAAGAGCUGCAGAAUCUAGAGAAAACCCUUGAAACUGGGUUAACCCGGGUUUUAGAUAGAAAGAGCCAACAGAUCAUGGAACAGCUCAACAAUCUCCGACAGAAGGGCAUGCAACUGAUGGAAGAGAAUACGCGGUUGAGGCAACAAGUGGUGGACAUGUCUAGGGUUGGGAAACAAGCGGUGACUGAAUCAGAAAAUGGUUUCUACGAGGAUAGGCAGUCCUCCGAAUCGGUCACCAAUGCUUCUCGUUCAAGCGCACUGCAGGAGUACGAUGAUAGCUCUGAUACAUCUCUCAAACUAGGCCUGCCCUGGAAGUGACCAGCAAGCCGCUUGUGGAUGGAAGAAAGAGUUUGUUAGAUAGAGCUCAGAGAAGCAUAUAUACUACGACAAUGAGACUUUUAAAAACAUUAAGCACCUGUAUAAUAUGCAGAUUUAAGCCAUCGCAUUGUUUGUCAUUUUGAGUAAACAUGUAAAACAAUUAUGCUUCUUAUCCAAUCAUAUGGAUAAAAGUAGAUGCGUAUUAUGUUUCUAUGUUAAAAAAAAAAAGAAUGCUGGCUACAACGCGUGGUUUUCCGUGGCAGCUUCAUUGUACGGUCAUCUUCCUUCUGAUACGACAACAUCGCCUUAUGCUA